AUGAACGACGCCUGGAACGCCUCAGACGUCGGGCCCGCCGCCCAACCUCGAGAACCGACCCGGCACGACGAUGGCCUCGGCGCCGCCACCGACACGGCCCCUUCGAUAUGCCGAAUAUGUCGUGGAGAAGGCACCCCGGCCGAGCCGCUCUUCUACCCGUGCAAGUGCAGCGGUAGCAUCAAGUAUGUCCACCAGGACUGCUUGAUGGAGUGGCUCUCGCACUCUCAGAAAAAGUACUGCGAGCUGUGCAAGACGCCGUUCCGAUUCACAAAGCUCUACGCACCAGACAUGCCGCAGUCGCUGCCCGUGCACAUCUUCGUCGAGCACAUGGCCAAAUACCUGUUCCGCAACUUUUUGGUCUGGCUGCGGGCAGCUGUGGCCAUCAGCGUCUGGGUUUUUUGGCUUCCCUAUUUCAUGAGGGCCGUCUGGUCUUUCAUGUUCUGGGUCAGUGACGAGGGCCCUGGCGCUGGCUCCAUCAUGUCGCGGAUCAACGAGACCAACAACAACAACACCAUGUCUACCAUUCCCUCGUCCAUCCUGGCCAUUGGAACCUGUCCCGCCAGCCCUCUGCUUGCUGCCACUACCACGUCAGCGGCUGAAGUCGAAGCCGUAGUCGGCCAGCUACAAGGCAAGGAAGUCUCCGAUUACUUUGUGCGAUUCCUGCUCGGUUCAUUCACCUCUCCCUUGCUAGCCUCGGAUGGCGAGCUUGGACUUGAGUCCAAUGCAUCUGCAGCACCAAACAAUGGUAGCCAAUCAUUCGUUACCUCGACUCUUCUCGGCAAUGUCGCAUUCAUUGGCAACCUAACGAGAAGUGCCAGCUUGAACCGCGCCAUCGUAUCUGUGCUGGAAGGGCAGGUCAUCACCGUCUUGGUCAUCAUCUCUUUCAUUCUCAUCAUCCUAGUCAGAGACUAUGUGGUUCAGCAGCAGCCUGAAAUUAAUAUGCGAGCUGCCUUUGCCGCACCGGAAAAUGAUUUCCCGAUUCCUGUACCAGAGAUUGCUCAGCCAGAACCCUUGCCGCCAAAUCCAGAGCCCACGGACUCGGACGAUGAUACCCUGGAGGACAGCGACCAGGCGGGCGCCCCAGACUGGCGAAUGAUACGAUUGAUGCCAGCUCACCACCUCGUGAUUGCUGGCGAACAGCCGUUGACUCCAGAUUCAUCAAACCACUCCCUACUAGAUAAUGAACCGGUCCCUACUUCCAGCACCAACACAUCAUUACAGAACGAUCAGCUGAAUUCCCAAGCACGUGAAGGUGCUGAUGAUGGGGAUGCCGCGGAAGAGCGAGCUACUGUCGAAGAUUAUCUGCGGAUUUAUCGUCGCGCGAAUGGUGACUUUCACGAAAUUUUACGAAUCAUCGAAGAGGAAGGCCUACAAGAGAAGCUCAAGUACUGGGUUGAUGUUACUAGGCGAUCGACAAUGGACAAUGCUGACCAGCCCGCAGAGGACGAGGACCAUCACGAGCAGGAAGUCGGUUCGGACCAUGACACCCUCCCAUCUCCGUCCACCUGGAAAGGCAAGGAACCAGCAUGGUCUCCGGUAUCAGUAGAUGCCGAUAUGCCGGGCCCUUCAGCUGCUGUCGAGGAUGAUCUAUUUGGUAUUACUCCCAGACCUCGUUCAAUGUCUGAAGGCUUCCAGGAGCAGCAGUUUGUGAAUCCACUGGCCAAUAACUCAUGGUCCUUUGAUGCACUGCCUACGGAUGACAAAGCGGAUGAAGAACCUCAAAGCCUACCCGUCAUCCAAGAGCAAACAGGGCAGGACCUUGGGGAUAUGCAGCCGGUAGACCAGCUCGAGGACCAGUUCGAGGAACAGUUCGAAGACCAGCUCGAAGACCAGCCUGAAGACCAAGAUUAUGACUUUGAAGCUCAACCGCCUCGUGUCAACGCUGCCGCCGACGAAGCCGUCAUCAACGGCGGCGAUGCUCCAGCGGCUGGCCUCGUCGAUAGAGUUGCCGAUUUCAUGUGGGGCAAUUUGAAUGAGCCGGAUGCUGUUGAAGCCGGCCCUGCUGCUGACAUCGCCGCCCAACAAGCAGCCGCCGCUGCUGCUGAGAGAGCUGCUGCUAGACGAGCUGUUGCUGAGCAAGUGGCGGCCGAAAACGAUGAACUGUGGGCCGGGGCCAACGGCGAAGAUGGCGACGGUAUGCCCGCCGACGGCAACGGAGCAGCAUUCGACCCUGAGGCAAUCGACGAUUUGGAGGAUUUCGAAGGAGUCAUGGAACUCAUCGGCAUGCGUGGCCCUAUUGCCGGCCUUUUCCAAAACGCCAUAUUCUGCGCCGUCCUUGUGUCUGUCACCAUCUUUGCUUGCAUUUUUCUCCCCUACAACAUUGGACGUGUCUCGGUCUGGCUCCUUGCAAGUCCCAUGCGAGUUGUGCGCCUGCUCUUUGAGCUGUCCAAGAUGCUGCAAGAUGCCACCUUCCUUGUCGGCGGACUGUGUUCCUGGGGUGCGUUGAACAUUGUCGACAUGUUCUCAACCAUUAUGGGGGCCUCCGCUAAAGCUCAUAUCCUUUCGGCCAGGAAAAUGUCCUGGGGCCUGUGGACAGGUGCUGCUAGCAGACUAUCUACGUGCCUCUUCAUAGACUUUUUCCCCAUGACGACAACGGAAAUUCACAACUUUUCUGCAGUGAGCCACGACGCUCUCAACACUGUCAAGACCAACAUCGUGUCUGUGCUUUACAGCGUCAGGGACAGCCUAAGUGCUGCCCAUGAUGUGGGCUUUGACAAGAUCCUGUCCACGACAAUGGCGGUGUUUGGUUCUACCUCGGAGACGGCUCUCAAGCUUUCGUCCCAACUUAUGAAGCCCAGCUCGUGGGUUAUUGACCUGAGUUUGGCUGAAGAAUGGCCUGCAGUCGAUCCGCAGUUGGCACAUUGGUCAAGCAUAGACAGGUUUUGGGCAAUUCUCGCUGGCUAUGCCACCGUGUUCCUUAUUGGUGCGCUGUAUCUGAAAAAGGGCAGCCCGUUCUCGAGAGGCACGACGAUGCAUGCGUGGGAGGCUGGCGUCAUCGACUUUCUCCAGCAAGCCAGCGGCAUCAUCAAGGUGAUACUCAUCAUAAGCAUAGAGAUGCUCGUCUUUCCUCUUUACUGCGGCCUUCUUCUUGACGCAGCCCUGCUGCCGCUUUUCGAGGGCACCACGUUGACGAGCCGGAUCGUCUUCACUUGCAAAUAUCCGAUGACUUCGGUAUUUGUGCACUGGUUCGUAGGCACCGGCUACAUGUUCCACUUUGCCCUUUUCGUCUCCAUGUGCCGGAAGAUAAUGCGACCAGGUGUUUUGUAUUUCAUCCGAGAUCCUGAUGACCCCGAAUUUCAUCCCGUCCGAGACGUACUGGAGAGAAACCUCACGACGCAGCUGAGGAAGAUUCUCUUCUCUGCUUUCGUGUACGGAGCUCUGGUGAUUGUGUGUCUCGGUGGUGUCGUAUGGGGGCUGUCAUUCGCCAUGCCAGGCGUGCUCCCCAUUCACUACUCCUCAAACGAGCCAGUUUUGGAAUUUCCAGUCGACUUGCUCUUUUACAAUUUCCUCAUGCCUCUUGCAGUUAAAUUCUUCAAGCCCAGCGACGCAAUGCACACCAUGUACACGUGGUGGUUCCGCCGAUGUGCACGAGCUCUCAGACUCACAUAUUUCCUCUUUGGCGAGAGAAGAAUUGACGAGGAGGGAGAUUUAUAUCUCCGUCCUGGGACCACGGCUGGCAGGUUUCCUCAGUCUGGAAUCCUGCUCGAGCUCGGCGAGGGGAACGAAAUCGUCCCAAAGACCUGGCGAGAUACCUUUGAAGGUGGUGAUUUGAAGCCAAACACGAUCACGACUUCUGAGCAGAGAAGAGAUCUCCGCCGCAGAAAGGCUCAGCUUGUCGAGUCUCAUCAGCUCGUCAAGGACGGUCGAUUCGUCCGAGCUCCCGCGUCUGAUCGUAUCAAGAUCCCCAAGGGGCAGAAGAUUUUCCUGACGGUGAGCGAGCGCAACCGCCGCAAGGAUGGCCGUUCGGAUGAUGAUCUCUAUUCUUCGGACCAGUACCUUAUGGUCUAUGUACCUCCCAACUUCCGCGCUAGAGUCUUUUUGUUUAUUCUCUUCAUCUGGCUCUUCGCCUCGGUUACCGGCGUGGGCUUCACCAUUAUCCCCUUGGUUUUUGGCAGAAGAAUCUUCAAGGAGCUGAUACCACACUACAUCCGAACGAACGAUAUUUACGCCUUCAGCAUUGGAGUAUUUUUGCUUGGCUCAGUUGCCUACUCAAUAUUCCACUACCACGUCAUAAAGGAGGCGGUUCAGAAGUGGACUCGACAAGCACGCCGUGACUUGUUUGAGGGCAAGGCGGUAGGACGAGGGGCACUCAUCGGCCUCCGUCUGGCUAAGCUCUUUUACGUAUACUUUGUCCUUUUGAUCGUGUUUCCACUGCUUACCUCGAUGCUUAUGGAGCUCUACGUCACCAUCCCACUGCACACGUACAUGUAUCCCCCUACGGCGAUUUCGACCCUGAAGGACCAGGCAGUUGAUUGCCACACGGUGCGCGUCAUCCAGUCUUGGGUUUUGGGACUGCUCUAUCUCAAGCUGGGAAGCCGGUUGAUUACUUCUCUAUUUCCAGAUAGCCGCGCUGCCACAGCAGUGCGAUCCAUCAUGCGCCGAGGUUGGCUGCGUCCGGAUGUGCGCCUCCUGACACGAGCCUUUGUUAUCCCAGGCUUGAUGGCAUCAUGUGUGGCUAUUUUCGGGCCACCCAUGAUGGCAGGAUUCGUUAUCAAGCACGGCGGCCUCGCUGGAGGCUCCGCGGCCGAAGAUGCAGCCGAGGCUGUAAGGCUGACGGUGCUUUACAGACAGUCUUAUCCUGCGGCAGCAUUUGCCGCUAUACUCGCCAAGCACGCAGUCGGUCUUGUCAAGGUGACGAACCGAUGGACGGCGGGCGUCAGAGAUGAGGCGUAUCUGAUUGGUGAGCGAUUGCAUAACUUUGGAUCCAGGGCAUCUGGGACAAAGCGAUCUAGUAGAAGCCAGCGUUAAAUGAAGGUGGUGGGGGGCGGUAGCCUUUGAAUGGCUAGGCGAUGAGUUGGGUUGUAAUGAUUAUAUAUAAAGGUUCAUGGCAUGGAGGAUAUUCAACAUAGUUGGUAGCCCUACUUAGAGGAUUAGGCACAGCUCAGGUAUAUAUGCUAUACUAGGCUGAGGUUAGGUUUCAACGGGCAUUAUAUGUAGGUAACAGUCAACAAAGCGAUACAAGG